CGUUUAAUUAAGUCUAAGGCUCCCUCUGGAAGCUGGUAGAAUCCUACACAUAGACGCUGGAAAACUCGUAACGAAGGUGCCAGAAAACUCUCCAAAACGGAAUGACACGGCACGGUUGUCAUAAGAGGGGACAACUGUCACCUACUUCAUCUGAAAAAGGCACACAUUUCCCAAGACUUAGUUUUAUUCGUGUAACAUGGAUACUUUUCGCGUAAAUCAAAAGCUUUUCACUGGCAGGAAAGUGGUCGUCUGCGGUCACUUCCGGCUUCGGCACGUCGUCUGCCAUCGCCAUCGUCUGCUCCCGAGCGACAGUGUUUUGUUUUCGGCGGCUCCAGACCUUGUUUAUGUGUUGGUGUUGUGACGGUUCACAAAAUGUCAUAAAAUCGAAAACAUGUGUUUGCCUUGGUAAUAAAUAUGUAAACUAGACCACCAGAAGACUCAAUUUGUCUCUGAAUUUAGGCAAGCACUGCUAUUCUACUGAGGCAACCUUGCAUGAUUCUGUUUAGUAAGCCGGGCAUGUCCUACUUUAAAUAUUCAAAAUGAGUUGUGUGCCAUGCUUUGAAUGUGGCGAUGGCUACAAUAUCACAAGAGAAAAUUUAGAUCGUUGGACAGACAGUGUAGCCAAUGUACUGGCAAGUACGGAUGGUCGGCAACAUUUCAAGAGAUACUUGGAAUCACGCAGCUUUGACGAAAGUCUCAACACCGUGGAGUUCUGGGAGCGCUGUGUAAGAAUAAUGCCAACAAAACCAGAAGGCGAUUCACCACCUCCUACCUCAGAAUCGCACUUCAGCUUUCCACGGUUUGCUCAGGGAGAGUGCAGCUCUUCCUCCAGCUCCCACUCCAGACUGAAUCUUCAAAUGAGUCUGUCACCACCACGAGCGUCUGCAGUUUCAGAUGACCUCCUCCGAGAGCUGGAUCUACUUAUAGAAUUCGCAAACAACUAUGUCAACUUGGAUCUUGCUCAAAUGAGAGUUCUGUACAAAACAAUGAAAAUGAAAGAUGAAGUUGAAGUCAUAGAGGCAUUGACACAAGCCAAGUUGAGUGCCCAGGAACUCCUAGCUGAUGAUUACCAGCUUUUUAGAGAGCAUCUGCUUAAAAGCCAGGGUCUUCUCAAGAGUUAACAAUUUGUACUGAAUUACAAAAUAACUGCAUCACCAUAUUAUUAUUAUUAUUAUUUAAUUUGUUUACUGCUAUUGGUUUAACGGGUCCAAUUUGUGACGGUACCAAAAACACCAUGCCUCAUUAUUGUUUACUUGUCUCUUUUGAGAUUUAGAUUAUUUAGCACUGCAUUUUAGUUUUAGAAAGGAACAAAUGGCUCAGAUUUUGUUUGACAAAAGCCACAGACUUCCCUCCAACUUCCUUCCUUGUAUUUUCCGAUAAUUUUUCUUCUGUUUUUUGAUAACGAUUCAAAGCAGCCUCAGGGGUUGAAUUGACAAGUUCCAUAUUAGUUUUAGAUGGUGAUUUGUGUUUGUACUGUUUCAUUUUAAUGUCAAGAUUUUGACUAAGGGGUAAGAGGACAUUGUUUGUUGUGUGUGUCAUGUACUGUAAUUAACAUAUUUAAAUUUACUUGGUUGCUGAACUUAAAGUUUAUGUUGUUGCUGUUUUUUAAGUGCAUAGGUUGUGUCUUUUAACUAACUUCAAGACAAUACUUAUUUUGGUAUUCAAUAUUUACUGUAGAUGAAACUCACAUACUCUUAAGACUGCUGUUGCAUUAGACUUCUAUUACACUAGGUACAAGUGUUGUGUUUGUUAAUAAAAUGUCUAUUCCCUUUCUCUUAAGUGAGCUGUGGGCCAACCAAAUUGUGUUUUAAUGGAAGUAAAAUUUUCUUUGCUACCAGGGUAAAUUUGUUCAAAAGUAUAUUGAUUGUUGUAUUAAUCAUAUUGACACCAGUUGUUUUUUUUUUUUUUUUUUACCGAGUUCCACACCAAGUUUUAACUGAGCUUUUAUUUAUAUUUCUAAUCUUAAGUAUAAAAUGUGUACAAAUUAAGAAGUGCAAUAUGAAGAAGCAGCAUCAAGGCUGUUGUCCAAGCUAGGGAGACUUGAUUUACUUGUACUAUUAGAUAUAAAUGCUGCCUAUCACUAAUCACAAGUACUUAAUUUUGUUGAGUUUCUAGUUAUUGUUCUGCGCAAAAUUUUCAUUUUAAAAUAAAAUGUUACGGACAAAAAAGUUUGUUUAUUCUAUCU